AUGGAGCUUGACGAUACUUGGGAUCCUGAUCCCUUGCCAAGUUGCAGUUCUAGGAACCAAUCUCAGCCUCGAUUGAAAAAUGAAAAAACACAUCACUCUCAAGCACAACCGGAGCCACAGCAUCAAUAUUACCAGCAAUUGAAAACUUCCAACUCACAACGCAGAGGUCGGAACGCGCCCAUGAAGCUUUAUCAAACCUUUUCAGACGAUGAAAGCUCAUCUGAUGAAUACCCUAUCGUCUUGCAACAACCGCAGAUCAAUCAUAAAAGAGUGAUAAGCCCGGCUCAACCUGCGCGGGACAGAAGGAAGCGACAUCAGAGUGAGCACCCAAGUCGCAUUGAACGUGACCGCACGACAAACGCAGAGGAGGUUGUAUAUGAUCAAAUCUCUGAAAUCUCACGGUCUCGCAAUAAAUCCGUUGCCCGCAAUGAUGCUCGACAUAAGGUUAGGACAAAUGAUGUAUUCGAAGGUUAUCAAAUUGUCGAAAAUUCCGCGGCAGUUAGUAAAAAAUCAAUCGCUCGUAGCCGUUCACGUGCAGGAGACUUAUACGAUGAUCAAGGUUAUGCUAUAAUGGAGGGUUACAAUCAGCAAUUCGACAGGCAAUUAAGUGUCUUUCCAGCGCAGAAUAAUGCUCAAACUAAGAGGCGCAUGAAGGAGGAGCCAACCUACGUAUCUAUGCAACCUAGCACAGAUGCUCACAAGACAGCUGGUAGAAGUCGCAAAGGAACUUCAAGAGUCAAUCAGGAAUCAGUUGGUACACCCAAGCAAAGGCAACGUCAUAGUCAAUCUCGUCCACAAAGUUUAGCCCCGCGAAUCUCCAAGGACAAUAGCGAUAUUCAAUAUCUGGGCACUGAAAAUGUUACAUACAGUGUCAGAGCCCAGAGACAAGAAGAGGAGCACCAACUUCGCUCGCCAUUAUGGUCAAGCCAUGAUUCUGCUUUACCCAAAUCAUCCUCUGCUGACAGGUUGCAAUGGAGAAUUGACAAGCCCAACUCCAUAAAGCCACCCCCACACACGCCAAAGAAUCAGUCAGGGAAAAUCAGAUCAGUUGCGUCUAAUAGCUUACAGAAGAAUCCAAGUCAAGCCCGAACAAUUGAUUAUGGUCCUAUUGAUGAUGAUGAUAUCUACGAGACACCAUUGGAACAUGAUCUUCGCCGAAGGUCCAAGUCUCACGUGGGGGGUCAUAACGGUCCCAUGAACUUCAUAAAUGCUCUACCUAAAUCUAGUGUAUUUCGAAGAGAGAAUUCUGAAGUCACAGAACAGGUUCAUCAAACUCCAUCCAGUGAUUCAAAUAGAUCUAACAAGUCGGGAGUCACUAUCGAUCUCGUUACGCCAGAAGGUAGUCUUUGUGCCCGCAGUUCAAUACCUUUUAUACCUCAGCACUGGACUCCAACGAGAAGAGGCCCGAUCAGAGUAUCGACUCCCAUGGAACCCUCUGAUCAAGAUGGUCUCGGCGCUAAAAGUGAACAACAACCUGGUCAAAAUACUCAUCAGCAACAAGCCAUUGGAUCCAGCCCUAACAAGGGACAGCAACCUGAAGAAAAUAUUCGUCAACGACAAGCAGCUGAGAAGAUUAUCCGACAAGAACUCAAUGCUGACAAUCAGGCUUUGCAAGAAGAGCUAUUCGGAGAAGUUAUUGGCGAGACUGUGGAAGAAAAGAGAGAGCUUGAGGAAGCUAAACGUUUGGAAGCUCAAAGAUUGCGGGAAGAAAAAGAGAAGCAAGCUCUCAUUGAUGCCGAGAGGAAGCGGAAGAAGAAUGAAGCAAGAGACAAGAAAGAGAGCGAGAGGAAAGCGGCUGAGCAGGCCGAGAAGGAGAAAGAGGUAGCAGCCAAAAAAGCCAAACGCGGCGCCGAACGCCAUCAUCAAUCCUUGAAAGAACAACAGAAUGCAGAUGAGAGACGUAAGGCUGCAAAUAAGUUACUACAAGAGAAGAGAGAAAAGGAUUUGGCUGCGGCCAAAGCUGCCGAGGAAAAAGCCCAAGCUGCAGAAAAGGAAAGGAAAGAGAAUGAUUCUAAGUUUGAGCAAAUGAAACGUCAAUUGGAAAAGCUUGAGUCGCAAGUCAAGGCAAAAUCAAUUGCGGAAUUGAAACCUGCGAGAAAGUCUACGACCGUGGAGGGUAUUCCAAACAAAGUGAACUCUCUGCCUCCUCAAGUCACACUUUCAACAAGCAUGGAAAUUGACAGGGAAGAUCCAUUAUCCACUAUACAAGCCCAAAUAACACCUUUGGAUGCUACUUCAAACACAGAAAAGACUUUACCUCCUCAAAUCACACUUCCAAUUAACACCGAAGUCGAGGAUGACGAUUCGCUGUUCGUUUCAGACAAUCGAAAGACAGUUGUAGAAGCCACUCCAGAACGGCAAAUUUCGAAUGGUCUUCAAAGUGCCACAGGAAGUUUUAGUAGUGACUCGACAAUUGUUCAGUCUUUAGAGGAUGAUCGACCUCCUGCUAGUAUGACUGAAAUCUUUGCCAAAACGAUUCAAAUGUCAAGUGGUGACAAGACUCUUGAAGAUAGAGAUGCUGAGCGUGAAGCUAUUCGCAAAAAUAGAGCAAACGAGACUGCAGCUGCCAAGCAAAAACGAGCCAAGUCCAUACCCAUGGAGCCAAACCCUGAAAUAGUUGCUCGUAAAGCUGCUCCGCAGACAACUCCUAAAGCGCCAACGAAAAGCCAGGCAAAGAAGAAACGGACCCAGUCGCUGACAAAAUUAUUGGGAGGUGCCAUAUUCAGUGUCAAGUUACAGCCCUUACCCGGACACGAGUGCGAAGGGUACACUCCUCGCGAACAACCAGAAAAUCCUCAGAGUUCCACUGAGAAAUCUACUACGGAGCUUGUAGUCUCGAAACCACGUCCACUCCCAAUGCCUCUACCUCCCCCUCUUCCCCUACCAGUAAGGUCUACAACUACAUCAAGUAGACCGGAAACUCGUCUGAUUUCACAAGCAGAGCGAGAGGAAAUUGAAGCUAAUCGCCAAAGAGUCCAGGCUGCGGCACAAGCUCGGAAGGAAAACUCGAACAGAGCAAGAUUGGAGGAGAAAAAAGCUGCAUCUGCGAAAAAGAGAACAGUUGAAUAUCGCAAGAGGAAAGAAAAAGAACUUAUUGAAGAGGCUCGUAAAGAAGGCAGAAUAUUAGGUGAGUCUGAGCUGGAAGCUAGGCUUAACAAGUUGAUGGAGAAGCGAGAGCGCGAGAUAAACCGAAAAAAAAAUCGUGCGGGAGAAAAGAUUUCAUCGAAUGAGCAUGAACAUGAACAUGAAUCUGCUUCUGGCACCAGCAUACCCGACGAUCCUGGCAGGGUGGUUACACAAGUCUCACCCUCCGACACUGCCAGUGAUUCUAAUCAAAUUGAAGAAGAUGAUGAUUCUCUGACUCGAGGCUUGAAAGAGCAUAAAAUCAAAACGGCUGAGGUAUUGAGAGAACGAGCGCAAUCUUAUGCAGCUCGACGUAUCCAACCACAACCAGUUAACAAACUGGAACCAAUUUUCGACUCGGACGAGUCGGAAGAGUCUGAAGAGGAUCCGAUUGAUGAUGAAACUCUGGAAAUAUUGAUGGAACAGGCUCGAAAAAAUAAGGCUCUUACAGAGGUUGCGAAGGCUGGCGAAAACAACGAUGAGAGCCUAUCAGAAACUCGGACUCAGGAAGAGAUCACUCUUGAGAAAGAGAUAGAAGAUCUUUUCGUAGAAGAUUCAGAUGCCGAAGGAGAGUCUGAGGAAGCAACCCCUACGCUCAAUCCCGAUGAACAUAGUGCCCAGAUCGUCCCACCAAUGCCAAAUAUGACGAGUUACUUUGAGGGGCAAUCCGCUCCAAGAUCUUCCAGUAACCUAGGAACUCAAUCACCGUUACUUGGAGGCCCGAGCCAACUAAUCAGAACAGUACCUCACAAGCCUCAGCAGCCUGCAUCAUAUAAAAUGGUCAAUUUAUAUAUGGUCAUGACACAGGUGACACUUCAUGAACACGAAGAUGAAGCAGUUCUCAAGAAGAAGUUCUUUGAUCUUGAAAAGGCCAACAAGCAUGCACAGAUGCUUGUCAACGAAUGGAGAACCAAAAUGUUUAGACAACAGGAAAUUCUGGAGAAGUGGGAUUCUGAUCGCAUGUAUCAUGGUGAAAUUAUUCACGAUGAAAAGAAGACUACCAAGGUCUUUGUCACAUUUAAGCCGAUGAACACCGAAGAUGUUGACAGAUACGAUCCAACACUGGUGCGCCCGAUUUUUGCUAAUCGAUAUUACACGAUUCGAUUUGAGAAAGUCGUUGAGGAAAUUGACUCCGAAACUCAAAAAGUCUGCAUGAUAGACCGUACUGCUGGCUUUGCAGACGCGAGCAAGCUAUACACGGUUUUGGAAAUGGCGAAUCAUGCUGCUGCCGAGUACCUCGCCAAGGAAGUCAAACCUAAAGAAGAGGAGCAUCAUACUGCGUUUGUAGAAGAACUGCUUCCACAAGUGAGGACAGAGAGAGACUCUUGCAACGAAUCGGGUUCAAAGUUUUAUUGCUCGCUAGAGGAUGAUUCGGUUCCUUGGGCUGAUUUUAAAUCAUUCGAAGUCAGUGUGGAACUUUGGAGGACUGAGGGCCCGAUUAAUUAA